GGUUAGGUUAAGUCUCUGCUGUCUGCUCUUGUGCUGUUGUCUACAAUACAAUUGAGUUAAUUGAGUUUUUGUUCUUUUACUUUUCCUGUUAGUCCUCACAAUUUUUUUGAAUUUGACUUCACUCGAUUUUCCAGAAAAGGUAUAACUCGUCUCACAUAAUGGUUUUCCCAGGAAUGGCUCUUCUCCAAAGAGCCAAAGGUCCAGAUUCAUUCUGGAAGAAACGAAGACUCUUCCGCCUUACAGCUCAUUUUCGAGGCCGAAACCGAAAUGUUUGGACUUUAGUAUUGCGUAACGUAAAACGUGCACUGGUCCGCGCUACAAAAGGAAGGAUUCAGAGGAAGAAAGAUAUGCAUGAUCUUCGGGUAACCCGCAUCACUGCAGCUGUGGAAGAACAUGGUUUCACCCAGCCACUCUUUGCAGAUGGCCUAAAUCGAAGCAGGGUGUACCUCGACACUAAAGUCCUUGCUGAUUUAUCCAUUUGGGAGCCACGCACGUUUAAGGCGCUGACACACCUGGCUUGGUCCAAAACAUUCAAAGAUAGGGUAGAAGGUGUAGACGAACAAGGAACUCCUCCUGCGAACGUGGCUAUUAAGGAUCUGAAAGACUCCUAGAUAAUUGGCAGUUUGUUUAUCCAGUUGAUAGUGUUGUUUUUUUUUACUUAUUUGCAUUCUUCUUGCGUUGAUUUUUGGUCCUUGUGUUUUGAAGCUGACACUUCAAUCUGGCAGUGGGCUUACCUUUGUAAAUACUGUACAAUCUUGAAUCCUACAAGAAUAAUUAAAGUCUUUCAUGGAA